ACUCAAAUGACACUAGGAAUGCAGUUUCAGUUUCAUACCAAUCUUUGAGGAAGUUAUUCAAAUGCAGUUCUAUAAAUACCUGUGACUCUCAAAGGACUAAGUGUGCAUACUAAUUCUCAUUAUCUGAAAAACAAAUCCAUAAUCACCACCAAUAUGAAGUUCAUUUUAGCAACAUUGUUGAUUUUGGGGAUGUGGGCUUUUCAAGCCAUGCCUCGUACGCUGCCUGAAGUGUCCAUGGUGGAGAGACACAAGCAAUGGAUGGCUCGUUUUGGGCGCAUGUAUGAGGAUGAUGUAGAAAAGGAAAUGCGUUUCAAGAUAUUCAAGGACAACAUGGAGUUCAUCGAGUCUUUCAACAACGUUGCAGGGGCGAGGCCUUACAAACUAGGCGUUAACCAAAUUGCAGACUUGACUAAUGAGGAGUUCCAGGCCUCUCGUAAUGGGUACAAGAGGUCCUCCCCUCCAAAGGCAUCUAAAACAGGUUCGUUUCGGUAUGAAAAUGUGACUGCAGUUCCAGCUAGCAUGGACUGGAGAAAGAAUGGAGCUGUUACAGCCAUUAAAGAUCAAGGUCAAUGUGGAUGUUGCUGGGCAUUUUCAGCUGUUGCAGCUACAGAGGGGAUUCACCAGCUCAAAACCGGUAAGUUGAUCUCAUUGUCAGAGCAAGAGCUAGUGGAUUGUGACACAAGUCAAGAUCAAGGUUGUGGAGGCGGUGAAAUGGACAACGCCUUCAAGUUCAUAAUAAACAACAAUGGGCUCACAACAGAAGCAAACUAUCCUUAUGAGGGAACUGAUGGAACUUGCAACACUAACAAGGAAGCCUCGCAUGCAGCCACAAUCACUGGUUAUGAGGAUGUGCCUUCCAAUAGUGAGUCAGCAUUACUCAAGGCCGUGGCUAUACAACCUGUGUCUGUUGCGAUUGAUGCCAGUGGAUCUGCAUUCCAACACUACUCGAGUGGUGUUUUCACGGGAGACUGUGGAACUCAAUUAGAUCAUGGUGUUACAGCAGUUGGAUACGGGACUAGUGACGAUGGCACCAAGUAUUGGUUGGUUAAGAAUUCAUGGGGCAUGAGCUGGGGCGAGGGGGGAUAUAUUAGAAUGCAAAGAGACAUUGAUGCCGCUGAAGGGCUAUGCGGCAUUGCCAUGGAUGCUUCCUAUCCAACUGCUUGAAUUGCAAGAAAUACCUAGUUUUUUUGCUUAUGUUUGUGUGUUGUGCCAUUCUGGUUUUGGUUGUGUAUGAGGUUGUAUGGUAGCUUCUUUGUACAAUAAAUUCUGAAAUAUAUUAACGAAACUGCAUGCCAUUGGUUCUUCUAUUUAUG